UUAUUUCUAUGCUCUCAGCUCUCUUCUGCUCUGUCCUUCUUUCCUUCCCAAUAUAAAACCACCUUUCUAUGUUUUGUUUCUUUCUCCUUUUUACACCCCUCUUCUCCCCAGACCUUAAAAAAACCUUCUUGGUUUCAUUAAAAAAAUCUUUGUUUUUUUUUUCUCUUUUACAUAAAAAAAAUGCUGUAAAAACUUGAACUUUACAUGUUCUAUGGUCAGAGACUUAGAGAGACUCAAAGACAAAAGUGCCUUCCACCUUUGGCUGUUUGUUUCUGUUGGCUUUUCUCUUCGUGAACCUGCAAACCAGACAAGGUGAGAUCACAUUCUUUCUUAAAGCCCCCACACAGAUGCUCCAUACUCCUCAAAAUCUCACUUGUUAUCCAAAUAAGUAGUAUUACUUUGCUCAGUUUUAGCCUAAAGUGAACAUCUUUCGGUAGCCAAGCUCAGUUUUACACUUGGUGGUGUUGAUUUAAUGGAGUUGCAGAAGCUGUGAAAGUGUUUUCUAAGGUAGACCCAGAAACCAUUUAUGGCAAUAUCAUGGUUUAGUUAAAAAUAUUCAAAGAGAAGCUUCUGGGUUUACUUUGUCUCACUCAAAAAAAAAAAAUCUAUAUUUUUUUUUUCUUCCAAAAAUGGGUUCUUGUUUAUUUGGUUUGAUACUUGUUACGGCAUUGUUCAUGGAGCCUUUGUCUUGUCAACAACAACAACAAGAACCCAAUUCAGAUGGGUACUUUGUCUCUGAGUUCUUGAAGAAGAUGGGCUCAGAUUCUUCCUCAUUUUCUCGAAGCUACAACUUCUCUGUACCUGUUUGUAAAUGGCCAGGAGUGUUCUGCGAUGCUAAAGAAGAACAUGUUAUUGAGUUAGUAGCUUCUGGUUUGGGUCUCUCUGGUUCUAUACCAGAUACCACUAUUGGAAAGCUGACCAAGCUUCAGACAUUGGACCUUAGCAACAACAAAAUUACCGGCAUGCCUGCAGAUUUAUGGAGUUUAGGCUUUCUCAAAAGCCUCAAUCUCUCUUCUAACCAGAUUUCUGGUUUACUGCCUAACGACAUUGGCAACUUUGGUCUUUUGGAAAGCUUUGAUAUUUCAAGUAAUGACUUCUCUGGUAAUAUUCCUGAAACUAUAGGCUCCCUUCUUAGUCUGAGGAGCCUUAAACUCAACCGGAAUGGGUUCGACCAGAAUAUUCCAUCUGGGAUUCUGAAAUGUCAAUCACUGGUUCUAAUUGAUCUUUCAUCAAAUCGGCUAAGUGGGUCUCUUCCAGAUGGUUUUGGUGCUGCAUUUCCCAAGCUCAAAAGCUUGAAUCUUGCAGGGAAUGAGAUUCGAGGCCGAGAGACUGAUUUUCUGGAGCUGAAAUCCAUCACUACUCUUAAUGUUUCCAGCAACCUAUUUCAAGGUCCAGCCUUGGGGAUGUUUAAGGAGCUAGUAGAAGUGAUUGACUUGAGCAGGAACCGGUUCCAAGGUCACAUUUCCCAGGUACAAUUCAAUACUAGCUAUAACUGGUCACGUUUAGUUUAUCUAGACUUGUCUGAGAAUGAGAUCAGUGGAGAUUUUUUACAUGAUUUUGGUCAAGCACAAAAUCUCAAACACCUCAAUUUAGCUCACAACAGAUUUGCUAAGCAGAAGUUCCCAAAUAUUAAAAUGCUUUUGGGACUAGAAUAUCUAAAUUUGUCUAGAACUAGUCUCAUUGGUGAAGUUCCUAGUGAAAUCUCACAGUUGAGUCAUUUGAAUACACUUGAUCUUUCUGAAAACCAUCUUGUUGGUCAUAUCCCAUUUCUGACUGUAAAGAAGCUCCAGAUUCUUGAUGUCUCACAAAACAAUUUGACUGGAGACAUUCCAGUUUAUCUUUUAAAGAAACUCCUUUGGAUGGAAAAGUUCAACUUUUCCUACAAUAACUUGACACUUUGUGCUUCUGAAAUUCCCCUUGAGACUCUUAAAACAGCCUUCAUUGGGUCAUUGAACAGCUGCCCCAUUGCUGCAAACCCGGCCCUUUUCAAGAAAAGAUCAGCUUCCAACCGACAUGGUCUAAAGCUAGCCCUGGCUUUGGCUCUCUCCAUGGUAUGCUUGCUUGCAGGGUUGCUUUUUCUAGCAGUUGGUUGCAGGAGGAGAAAUAGAUUGUGGGCAGUCAAGCAAUCUUCUUAUAAAGAAGAACAAACUAUUUCAGGCCCCUUUUCAUUCCAGACCGAUUCUACGACAUGGGUGGCUGAUGUUAAGCAAGCAACAUCUGUUCCAGUAGUAAUUUUUGAGAAGCCAUUGUUGAAUAUCACAUUUGCAGACCUCUUAUCUGCAACCUCAAACUUUGACCGAGGUACCCUUUUGGCUGAAGGUAAAUUUGGGCCAGUAUACAGAGGAUUCUUACCUGGUGGAAUACAUGUAGCAGUAAAAGUUCUUGUCCAUGGCUCUACAUUGACAGACCAAGAGGCUGCAAGGGAGCUUGAGUAUCUUGGCCGAAUCAAACACCUAAAUCUUGUUCCACUUACUGGAUAUUGCUUAGCUGGGGAUCAGAGACUUGCUAUUUAUGAAUACAUGGAGAAUGGGAACUUGCAGAAUUUGCUUCAUGAUUUGCCACUUGGGGUUCAAACAACAGAAGACUGGAGCACGGAUACAUGGGAAGAAGAUGAGAAUACUGGGAUCCAAAAUGUUGGCUCUGAAGGGUUGCUAACUACAUGGAGAUUUCGCCAUAAAAUCGCACUUGGCACGGCACGAGCAUUGGCAUUUCUUCACCAUGGCUGCUUUCCUUCAAUCAUUCAUAGAGAUGUUAAAGCUAGCAGUGUUUAUCUAGACUACAACUUGGAGCCUAGAUUAUCUGAUUUCGGAUUGGCUAAGAUUUUUGGAAACGGUUUGGAUGAGGAGCUCGCCUGCGGAUCACCAGGGUAUGUGCCUCCAGAGUUUUCUAAGCCAGACAUUGAUUCACCAACAUCAAAAUCAGAUGUCUAUUGCUUUGGUGUUGUGCUUUUUGAGUUGCUAACUGGGAAAAAGCCAAUUGAAGAUGACUAUCCAGAAGAAAAGGAAGCGAAUUUGGUUGGUUGGGUUAGAGGAUUGGUCAGAAAAAACAAUGCUUCAAGAGCCAUUGAUCCAAAAAUUCGUGAUACAGGACCAGAAGAGCAAAUGGUGGAAGCCCUCAAGAUUGGCUAUCUGUGCACUGCCGAUCUUCCUUCAAAGAGACCAAGUAUGCAACAAAUUGUUGGACUUCUUAAAGAUAUUGAAUCAAGUGGUAAUAAUAAUCAAUGAGCAAAAUGAGUAGAGAAGGAGGGGAAUCAAUCAAUACACUUUGGAGAUUCUUGUCUUAUUUUUCAGUUCUUUGUUUCUUUCUCAUUUUCAAUCUUGCCCUCUCUGAUAUGCCACAAGGGAAAAUGUACAGCAGUCCUGUAACCUCUGUUUUGGACAUGGUGCCUUUCUUUUUGGCCAACUUCUUUUUGGCUCUAAUUUAUAUACACAGAAUUUUGUUCCUUGAAA